CCAGCCAGCCAGCUGAGGCUCACGCAGCACUCUGAAGCGUAUGGAGUGAGAGGCAGGCAGGCAGAGCAGAGCAAAGCAGAGCAGGGGGAGGGAAGCACAGCACAGGAAGGGAGAGAAGGAGGGGCCAUCAGAGCACACAUACACACACACCCAUACACACAACACAUGCACACAGAAGCACGCUCACACACUCUGGGCACGGUACAUGUGAGAACACACGGACAUCUCCCCAACCAGAUCUGGAUUCGGAUCAGCUGCACAGACAGACGGAUAGACGGUCAGGCAGACAGACAGUCAGACAGACAGACAGGAUACACGUUCAGAAAGAAUGGCACUCCUCCCUGACAAGCCAGAGGCACACUGUUAAGCCUGCGUGGGCGUGCGUGAGAGAGCGAGACAGUAUUUGGUGUGCUUCUGGUUUUUUGUUGUUGUUGUGUGUCUCCUCGCGUAUGUUUCUGUUUGUGCGCGUCUGCGUGGAGCAUGGCCGAUCUCCUCCUUGACAGCCUGUUAUUAUUCCGGAGCAGAGUGGCUGGUUAUUAGUCUCGCUCGCCCGCUGACUCGCGUCACUCACUCACUUCACUUCACUUCAGUCACUCACUUCACAUACUCGCUUGGGCUCUGGCUGAGGCUCUCGGCACACUGCAGUGUUACAAGGCUCCUUGGAGAUAGAGGAAUGCAAAUCUGCAACCAUGAUGGAAGGAUUGAAAAAACGUACCAGGAAGGCCUUCGGGAUACGGAAGAAAGAGAAAGACAAUGACUCCACGGGGUCGCCUGACAGAGAGGGGAGUCAGCAGAAAAAGACCAACGGAGCGCCCAAUGGCUUCUACGGGGAGAUCGACUGGGACCGAUACAACACCCCAGAGGUAGAUGACGAGGGUUACAGCGUCAGGCCCGAAGAUGACGAAGAUGCGCGCUCCCCUAAAGAAAAGAAGCACUUCUUCUCCUCGAGCGAGUCGGAGGGUGAGGAGGACAACCGGCCAAAGUUCAAGAUCAAGAUCAAGCCUCUGGCUCCCGACAAGACUGAUUACGCGGCGCCGUCGGUAGAUGUACUAAAAGCCUCCAUAGGCAACAUAGCUCUGUCCCCCUCUCUGAGACGGAGUCCGGGUCAGUUGAAAAGAAAUACAUCUGGUGAGGAUAUCGCCAGACCCAGACGUCAUGUUCCCGUGGUGACCGUGCCUGCCCCACCUACUGCUGCUGCUGCUGCUCCUGCCCCAGCUGUUGCCAGCCCAGCCCCAACCCCGCCUCCUGACUCUGCCCCGACCCCGCCUCCCGAGCCGCCCAGCAUCAAGAAGCCCACAGAGCCAGAGGAUGCUACAGCCUUAUUUGGGCCACCACUGGAUACAGCCUUUGAUGACAUCAAAUCUGAAGUGGUGAUAGAUCAUUCUGAGGUGUGGGGUGCACCCAUAUCCGAGUUGAGUCCCGACUCCUCUCUGGCAAGAGCCUUUCCCACAGGAAAUGUGUCAAAGGAGGACGAGGAGGGGCCCCGCAAGCCUUCCAUUGCGGAUCUUGACAACAUCUUCGGCCCAGAGGACGGCUCCAAGCCCGGGGAAGACGAGGCGGACCAGUGGGUCUGCUUUACCGACGAGUCACCGGAUAGGCCUCCCCCACCAGAAGAAACCCCUCCGCCUUUGCCCAAAUCUCCGCCGCCUCCUGACGAGCCAGCCCCACCGCUGCCCACCUCCGCUCCCCCCGUCCCAGACACUAGCAGCCUCCCACCACUGCCCACAUCCCCGCCCCCAGCAGAGGACCCCAAGCCACUAUCACCACCACCUGUCCCAUCGCCUCCAAAGGAGACUGUUCCUCCCCUGCCGCUGGCUCAGACACCACCCAAAGACACUGCCUCUGCACUCCCACCCCCACCAGAGGAGCCGGCCCCUCCCCCUCCCCCUGCACCACCUGAAGAUGUAGCCUCUCCUCUCUCCUCCCCACCUCCUCUUCUGCCUCCUCCUGCAUCUGCAGAGACUGCGCCUCUGAAAUCUCCCCCUGGUCCUCUUCCUAUGGAACCCUUCCCAGAGCCAGGGGCAGGGGCGGAGGCUUUGGCGAGUCCCCCGGCCUUCUCCACGGAGGCUGCUGCUGCACGUACAAUCCCACCGCCGCUGGUCUUGAGCGAGGAGGAUCUCAAGGGCCUGGAUGGCAACCAGCAGAAAGACGAUACCGCAGAGAGCAUCGCUUCGCCCAAAGAUGUCAGCCAGGGAAGCCGAGCCACGCCUCCCCCGCCCCCACCCCCCACAUACAGGGCGGUGGUCUCAUCUCCGGGUCCAUGCCCCCCAGCAGGAGGCUCUAGCAGUGGUUCUUCGUCUCCCGCACGUCCUGCCACGCCUUCUGGCACCACCGCCACCACCAGUAGCCCCACACCUCCACCUCCCCCGCCACGACCCCAAUCCAGACCCAAACUGCCCCCUGGGAAACCCAGCGUGACCGACAAUCGGCCGUUCAGUCCCCCCAUCCACUCGUCGAGUCCGCCACCCAUGGCCCCCCUGGCGCGUGCCGAGAGCACCUCCUCCAUCUCCUCCACCAACUCCCUCAGCGCCGCCACCACCCCCACCGUCGGUAAAGACCUCACCGUCUCUGUGUCAGAGAAUGACCAGCCUUCCCUCGUAUGGUUUGACAGAGGCAAGUUUUAUUUGACAUUUGAAGGCUGCUCUCGAGGCCCUAGUCCGCUGACGAUGGGAGCCCAGGACACACUGCCCGUGGCGGCAGCCUUCACAGAAACAGUCAACGCCUACUUCAAAGGGGCCGACCCCAGCAAGUGUGUAGUGAAGGUGACGGGGGAGAUGGUGCUGUCCUUCCCGGCAGGAAUCACCCGGCACUUUUCCAACAACCCCUCACCUGCCGUCUUAACCUUCAGCAUCACCAACUACAGCCGCCUGGAGCACGUCCUGCCCAACCCCCAGCUGCUGUGCUGUGACACAACCCAGUCCAACCCCAACUCCAAGGAGUUCUGGGUGAACAUGCCAAACCUGAUGACGCACCUGAAGAAGGUGGCCGAGCAGAAGCCCCAGGCCACCUACUACAACGUGGACAUGCUCAAGUACCAGGUGUCUGCACACGGUGUGCAGUCGAUUCCUCUGAGCUUGGCUACUAAUUGGCGCUGCGAGCCGGGCAGCACAGACAUCCGGAUCGACUACAAAUACAACGGAGACGCCAUGACCACUCCCGUGGCCCUCAACAACGUGCAGUUCCUCGUGCCGGUGGACGGAGGGGUCAGCAAGCUCCAAGCAGUGCUUCCCCCCGCAGCCUGGAAUGCAGAGCAACAGAGAAUUCUAUGGAAAAUUCCAGACAUUUCUCUGAAGUCUGAAAAUGGAGGCGUUGGCUCGCUGCUUGCCCGGUUCCAGCUGUCGGGAGGCCCCACUAAGCCGGCACCGCUGGCCGUGCAGUUCACCAGCGAGGGCAGCAACCUGUCAGGCUGCGACAUCAAGCUGGUGGGGCCCGGAUACCGCUUCUCACUCAUCAAGAAGAGGUUUGCAGCAGGGAAAUACUUGGCUGAUUAACCAACACUACUGAUCAAGACGAAGAGAAUUCAUUUCUCUGGACUGAAUAUAACUUAACAAAAAGAAGAAAAAAAGGAAAAGAAAAAUGACCACGACAACAAACACUUACACACACACCCAAGGACAAGACAAAAGACGUACCCAACGCUACACUGUAAGAAAAUCCCUUUCUAUACAUACAGGAAAAAAAUAUAUUGACAGAGAAACUGGACAAUUCUACGGUGUUGUAUAACUUGCAUAUAGACUUGUUGGCCGUUUUAGGGUGUACUACUUGUAUUUGUAAAACUGUAUUAAUUUCAGAAGACAUCCAUAUUUGAGGAGUUUAGACCCUCUCUCUUUCUCUCUCUAGUUUUCUCCCCUCCUUGGCAGUUAGACUCUGUGUUCUGUCAGACGUGUAGUGUUUCUCCGACCCACUCUUCCUGUAGCUGCCUGACCAUUCGCACAGCUCUCGCACAGCGCGCCGGUCAUCCACUUAAGACAUUCAGCCGCACAGGCCGGCAGUUCACAAGAUAUUUCUUGUGAUAUUUCUUUAUUUUUGCUCAUCACUGUGAGAAUACUCCAAUCGGCUACCACAGAGAGGAAUGCUGUCCCCAUCCGUGACAAUGUCAUGCAUAAUCAGGACGGCAACGCUUCUAAAGCAGUCAGCACUAUUAUGGAUUGAACAGAACUAUGCUGCUAAAGAAGUGUCUGUCUGAUGGCGUUCAGUUUUGAGUGCAGUGUUCAGCCUCACUGAACAAUCUCGGAUAGGCAAGUGUGGAAACCAUGCACUUUGGUUACUUUGUAACUCAUACAUGUUGGUGUUUAAGGGACAUUUGUUGGUCUCAUAAAUAUAAUGAGAUAAGAAGCAAAAAGAGAAUUUGAGAUAGUUGUAAUGGUAGGGGUGGAUGGUUUGUGCUUGUGUCCACUUCCAUGAUGAGUUUUCAUGUAAUCACUUGUGCACAUUGCUCCCUCGUGAGGAGCUGAGCUGAACUGCGUCCACGGGCAGCUACAGUGAUGAGCAAAAGUCCUGCUUGCAAUAUUAACAAAAAGAGAGAAAAGAAACUCACAUUUUCCCAUGAAAACGUUCUGUGUCAUUUUAAAUUUACAAAAAAUGUAUAUCUUAAAGGGCGUUUGGUGUUUUUGUUGUAUUGUUAAAUAGCCUUUUUCUGUUGUUCCUGAAACAGCAGUGUUAGACUUCAGAGUACAUGACAGCAUUCUAUUUUUAUUUAUUGAUGAUUAUAAUUUCUUGUAAAAAUAAAUAAAUAUGUGAGCUGUA